AACAUCACAACAAUUGUACAAUCCACUUCUCAAUUUUCCAUUUUUCUUUUCAUUUUAAAUUUUCUAUUUUGCCAAACAAAACCUCAGAUGCCAAUUGCCAAGAGUUAAGCGUCUAGGCCUGCACCCUGUUUUUUCCUCCAAACCAUUAUUACAUAACUGGAAACAGCACAGUUCAGCUUCUCUCCCUUCUUUUAAACUACUUCACCCCGAAUAUGUCGGUGAAUUUGGAUUUUCUCUCUCGAUUUUGUUUAACUUAGCAUCAAUUCCAUCUUCAACGUGUUAUCUUCUCAAUAUCACAACCAAUUAUUCUAUGUAUCAUCUAAAUAAAUACUUUUUCUUUUUCACUUCCCAUCUUUUCUUUUCGUGUUCCUAGAUACCCAAACGAAAAAAGGGUUUCUUUUUUUAGCGAAAGAUGGAGAGAACUGCGGCGGUGACGGAGGCGGCUACAAGGAAGCGAGUGAUGGACAGAGAAAGGCCCUACAAGGGGAUAAGGAUGAGAAAGUGGGGCAAGUGGGUGGCGGAGAUUAGAGAGCCAAACAAGCGUUCCAGAAUCUGGCUUGGCUCUUACUCUACUCCUGUCGCGGCAGCUCGAGCUUACGAUACUGCGGUGUUUUAUCUGCGGGGACCGUCUGCUAGGUUGAACUUUCCAGACCUUCUGAAAGGAGACAACGGCACCGCCGCAGCGGCUGUUAGCGGCGACAUGUCUGCGGCUUCGAUAAGAAAGAAAGCCAUCGAAGUCGGUGCUCGAGUGGACGCCAUGGAAUCCGCGAUUCACACAAAUCACGAAGAACAAUAUAACCAACGUCAGAAACAGGGAAUCGAUGAAUUCAAGGCGGCGUGUGGUGGGUUAUUGAACCGGGUCGACCUGAACAAGGUACCCGACCCGGAAGAUUUGGACGGUGAGUAGUGAAAGCCUUAGUAAGGGAGAAGAAAAGAAAUUUAUUAAAGAAACCGGUUUAUCUCUACCCCUGAUUAUUGCUAACGUGCGCCAAGGAGGUAAGUGUACUAAACGGCUGAAGCCUUGUUGGACUGGUGGCUCCACGUCUCUCUCUCUCUCCCUCUUUUUUUCUUUUUUUAUUUUUCCGUCUCCUUUACUUGUAUUUGUAUUAUUAAUAUUUAGAAUAUAAAUUUUGGCCUAUGUAAAAAAAAGGGGUAAUUGUAAAUUAUUACUGAUUUGAUGAUUUGAAACUUUUGGGUGAGUAUAAUUUUGAUAAUUAUUUGGGUUAUGAAUGAAAUUGUAAUAUGAAGAAUUUGAAUGGAGAAAGAGUUUGGAAAAAGAAACAUGAAAAGGAGAGGGAAGGGGAAGAGGAAGAAGAGGAAACAGGAAUGGCCUACAUAUCCUGGCAGUUGGUGCAAGUGGGGAUGGUUAACCACUAAAGUUAUAACUACUAAAGUGAUUAGGAUUUUAAGUUAGGUAUUUUCUGGUUCUUCACUGUUCUCAUCAUUCAUCAAUUUGUGGGGCAAUCCAGAGAGUCCAUGAUAAUAAUGAGUUCCAAGUUGACGAUUUUCUGAGCUA